GCCGGUUUCGGUGUUUUUUGGGGCAAAGAUCACGUGGAUAACUCGUAUGGUCCAGUUCAUGGUGCCCCUACUAAUAAUAGAGGAGAAUUACUUGCUGUAGACGUCGCAUUGAAGCAGGCAGUAAGUAAGAAGUUGCCUGCGAUUGUGGUGCGGACUGAUUCUAAACUUCUUAUCAACUCGUUGGACAAUUACAUGGAUAACUGGAAAAGAAAUUCUUGGAAAACAUCCUUUGGCAAGGACGUAUUGAAUCAGGAUUUGUUGAGGUCAAUCGAUGAAAGUACUCGUCAUACACUUGUGAGA